UGUAACUUCUUGACUUCUUGUCCCAGGAUAAUAAAGUCAAAAUAUUUAUUUAUCUCUUGUUUUUUUUUCGGCUAAAUCUCAUCUGAAUACAGAUACCAUACCAAAUCAUUUGCUGAUUUUAUUUUAAUAGCUUGAUUUCUUUCCUAAAAAACAAAAGGAGUUGUUAGUAAUGGUGCUAUAUGAAAGGAGCAUUCAACUUUAGACACUUAUCUUUUUCUUCGUUUUCAUUUCUUCUUUAUUUACUUGGUUUUUUCAGUUCAUAAGUAGAGCCUAAAAAUAAAUUAGACAGCACCAAGUUUGAAGAGCAUGGCUUCCAAUAUUGUGACAAUAAUUUCAAGCUUUGUUAUAGCAGUGAUAGUAGCUAUCACAGUUCAGAUCUUCUACUUCUCACCCAUAGAUCCACUACCAUUGGAGAUUCCACCUUCAUCUUCAGCUAGACACAACCAAUUAAAGAACAUAAUUAAGCUAGGAGAAGGGGUUCUGAAGGAUCCAGAAGAUGUUUGUUUUGACAAAGAGGGAACUCUGUAUGCUGCUACAAGAGAUGGUUGGAUUAAAAGAUUACCAAGAAAUAAUGGAGAUUGGGAGAAUUGGAAGCAUAUUGAUAGUAACACUUUGCUAGGAAUCACUCCUUCUAAAGAUGGUGGCCUAAUCGUAUGUGACGCUACAAAGGGUUUAUUCAAGGUUACAGAGGAUGAUGGUUUCACUGUUCUCGUUUCAUCACAAGGGAAUGGUUCUCAAAUCAAUUUUGCAGAUGAUGUGAUAGAAGCAUCAGAUGGAAGUAUAUAUUUCAGUGAUGCUAGCAAAAAGUAUGGUUUGCAACAUGUGCAUCUGGAUUUGCUAGAGGCAAGACCACAUGGACAACUUCUAAAGUACAAUCCAACUUCAAAUAAUGUUGAUAUUGUCUUGGACAAGCUGUACUUUGCCAAUGGAGUUGCACUCUCCAAAGAUGAAGAUUAUCUUCUUCUGUCUGAAACCUGGAAAUCCAGGGUUCUGAGGCAUUGGCUAAAAGGAGCAAAUAAAGGCAAAACAGAUAUUUUCAUUGAAAACCUUCCGGGUGGACCUGAUAAUAUCAAUCUAGCUCCUGAUGGUUCAUUUUGGAUAGCUUUGGUUUCGCUAACUAAUAAUGGAUUGGAGUUUAUGCACAAAUACACGGUAAUUAAGCACUUACUAGGUUCAUUUCCAAGGUUAUAUGGCCUUACGAGUGGUGAAACCAAGAAGGCAACAGUGGUCAAUGUGGCAACUGAUGGCAACAUAACCAGAAUAUUUGGUGAUAAUGAUGGUAGAGUGAUUAAUUUUGUGACUUCAGCUUUCGAGUUUGAGGAUCAUCUUUAUUUGGGCAGUCUCAAUUCCAACUUUGUUGGAAAAUUACCUUUGCACAGUGCUUAGAACUUUGUUAUAUAGAAUAGAAGCAUGUAGUAUUAUUGGUAGUUAGAUAAACACUUCAAAUACUCAAGGGAAUCGGUCAUUUUGUAUCAUGUCAUAAUAGAUUCGUUUGUUUAUGUAUUUCAAGAAAAUCCACAAACAGAAAAUUGAGUAGUGUGUUUUU